AGAAGAAAACGUCAACGGAAGCAGGAGGAAGAGCUGCUGAUGCUGAAGGCGUCCAGCAUGGCGGGCAGGCGAGCUCUGAAGGCCGUGCUCAUUGACCUGAGUGGAACUCUACAUAUAGAGGACACAGCUGUACCUGGGGCGCAGGACGCCCUGAACAGGUUACGACAGGCGUCUGUAGCUGUGAAGUUUGUGACCAACACGACUAAGGAAAGUAAGAGGAACUUACUGGAACGACUGCAACGUCUCAACUUUGACCUCCAGGAAAAAGAGAUCUUCACGUCUCUGAGUGCAGCGAGGAGUCUGUUAGAGCAGAAGCAGCACAGACCACUGCUGCUGGUGGAGGACAGUGCACUGGAGGACUUCACUGGUAUUGAGACGUCAGAACCGAAUGCUGUCGUCGUCGGACUCGCUCCCGAUCACUUUAACUACCAAACACUCAACAAGGCUUUCAGAAUGAUUCUGGAUGGAGCUCCUCUCAUCGCCAUCCAUAAGGCUCGGUACUACAAACGUAAGGAUGGUUUGGCCCUCGGUCCCGGGCCCUUUGUUACAGGACUGGAAUACGCCACAGACUGUAAAGCUACUGUGGUCGGAAAGCCUGAAAAGACUUUUUUCACACAGGCUCUGUCAGAUUUAGGAUGUAGCCCCAGUGAAGCCAUCAUGAUAGGAGACGAUGCAAGAGAUGAUGUGGGUGGGGCUCAGAACGCAGGGAUGUUGGGUAUUCUAGUCAGAACUGGUAAAUACAGAGAAGGAGAUGAGAAUAAAAUCAACCCUCCUCCACACCUGACCUGUAACAGUUUCCCGGACGCUGUUGAACACAUCCUGAAGAACCUGCUAUGAGCUACAAGUAACAGUAGAACUCUACACUUUCACUGUCU